UGCAAAAAAAGACAGUAAUGAACGAGUGCUAAUGUAGCUGACAAUUGGCAAUUUUUUAAAUUUUUGAAUAGAUAAAUAAAAUUGAAGUAUAAUAAAAAUUAAAAAAUGGAUAUUUAAAUAUUUAAAAAACCAGUACGCGCAUUUUUUAAAAUUUCAUUAUUUAAAUUAACUUAUUUAUUAAUUCAAAAUUUAUAAAUUUUUUUCCACAUUCACACUCAUAGUAAUGAAAAUUUGAAAAUUCCCUAGACAUUGUUCUUGUUGUUCUCUUGCAGUAAGCAGGCCGCUGGUACAUGAUAUUUUUUCUGUCAAACCUAAAUAUAUAUUCUUAUCGGUAUACACGCAGCUAAUUUUAAUUAUAAUCAUAAUUAAUAAUUGAAUGACCUAGAAAGGAAGUUCAAUGAAAUAUGAUGAUUCAAAAUAAUAUGAUAAACAAUAAUACGUGGCAAAAUAAAGCUUGAUUUAAUUAUAAUGGAUGAAAUAUUACAAGGACAAUAUGAUCGAUGAGAUAUUUCAAUUGGACGUAGGAUAAUUUAUAAACGAUCAUUUAAAUGAUAGUCGUGUAAAUAAUUAUUGGAAAUGGAAAUGAAGCCAGACUCAGAAAAUUAUGAUCAGAGUACCGCAGCACUGGAUAAUCAUGUAGUUAUGAUUGUUAAAGCAACUCCAAGUUGUAUUAAUGAUGAUAAUUGUUUUGAAAACUCACAGCCAUCGUCAUCAUCAUCGUCAUCUGUAUUACCUGAUGCAUCAUCAGCAAAUUGUUUAGUUAAUCACCAGAAUUCAACGAAUGGAAGACAAAAAAAAAAAACAUCGCAAUUUACUCUGUCUGGUGAAAGUUUUUUAAAUACUCAGGAUGAAGUUGAUAAUUGUAAUGCAAGUAUUAGUCAUCAGAAUGGUCAUUCAACAGAUUUAUCUGUGUAUGAUAAACGAAAUUGUUGUAACUCAGAAGCGUGCAGUGGAGAAACAGGUGCUGAGAGAAGUGAAUCAAGUUGUAUAAAGAAAAAAUCAUUGAUGGAAAAUUUAUUAGACACUUCGACUGCAUGUUCAAGUAACAAUAAUUUAGAAUCUCACUCGCUUCAUACAACCACCGCUACCACCGAGCCAGUACGUAAAAAUAUGAUUAGAAAAAAAGAAUUUUUAAAAAGUAAUCGUCGUACGGGUAGUGAAGAUUCGACAUUAAAUAAAUCAACUCAGCAUCAGAGUACGAGAAAUUGUUCAUUGGAUGACAAUCUGUCUAGUUCAUCGAUUUGUGAAUCAGACGAAGCAUGCAAUUCAUCAUCACAACAUAAAAGUACCAGUGUGUCUGUAGACGAAGCAGUUUCAUUGCCAUUAGAUCUACCAGAAGACGAUUCGGAGAGCGUUGUAGUUAAACAGAAACCAUUUAAAUUACCGAGUCUAGUUAAUCUUUAUGAAGCAGCUGAGGCUCAGCGGAUCGAGUUAGAAGCCAACGCGGCUGCUUCCUUGGAAGCUAGUACGUCGAGUCGCGAGGAUGGAGCUCAGGCGCUUAAUUCCGAACUUCCUUCGGCGUACAGCAGUGAAGGAAGUAACUCUGAUACAGAAUCACAGCGUGCUAAUGAUAUACCACGUGGUGAAGUUGCGAAAAAACGUGUGCGAAGUAUGGACGUAAUGGGAUUACUAGAUCGCGUAGAGUAUUAUCAGCUGUGGCGUAGUACCGGAGGACAGUCAUCAGCACCAGAAUCAAUGCAGGAUAAUGGUAUGUAUCCAAAUCCACCACCAUUGCCACCGAGAGCCGCACACAGACCUCUACAUCGAAACAAUGCUUUACCAACGACUCUGCCUACACUUUCUCGUAAACAUCUUCACAAACAUUCCGCACCUUGUCGCCCGGAGGAUUGCUUCGGAUUUGAGAUUGUCGAUGUUGACGAAGCCGUGGCUUUGAAGACUCGAACUGCCGUCACCAAGAGCAUCGCACUGUUGAGCUCACCACGGCCCCAUAGGCCAUUAACGAGACUCGAUGCUGGAGCUAGUAGUCAACCAGAGUGCCCUCCUACACCAACACAUCGUCCAAAACCUUUGAGGCCUUUACCAAUGUGUCCUUCGACCAAUCCAUCUCUCACGUCUGAGGAACCACUGCCGCCGUCUUGGGAGGCUCGGAUUGACAGUCACGGUCGUGUAUUUUACAUUGAUCAUGUUAAUCGCACAACCACGUGGCAGCGACCAGGACAAACCACAAGAAACACUGGCUGUGAAAUGCGUCGUCAACAACUUGACCGACGUUAUCAAAGUGUACGCAGGACAAUAUCGCGACCUGAUAAUAUAGAUCGUGAAACUUCUGGAUCUUCUUCAUCUUCUUCUGGCGCUGUUGCUAUUGCUGUUGCUAGUGCUAAUGCUAAUGCUAAUACUAACACUAAUGCUAAUGCUAAUCAACCAGAAAGUAAUGGUGAACGAUCAGCGCCAGAUAGAAGUAAUACUACAGAACCAUUUGAUAUUGCAACUAUACCACCGGUAUUAUUUCUAUCGCGACCAGAUUUUUUUACAGUACUUCAUACCAAUAUGGAUGCAAUGGAACUGUACAAUCGUAAUCCAAGUCUCAAGCAUAUGAUCAGCAAAAUUCGUAGAGAUCCAUUGGUUUUUCCGCGGUACGAACACAACCGUGACUUAGUGGCGUUGAUAAAUUUCUUUGCUGAUCCGACAAAAGAAUUACCGCGUGGUUAUGAAUCAAAAUUAGAUAGAACAGGCAAACGUUUUUUUAUAAGUCAUGCAAGAAAAGCUACGUCGUUUAUUGAUCCAAGAUUACACACUGAAGCUACAUACCCUCGAGCAUUGCUGGAUGAAGCUCCUGUACCGCCACCACGACCUCAACAGUCGGGUAUCACUACCAUACCCGAAAUUCCUAUUGCUUAUAACGAUAAAGUUGUUGCUUUUCUACGGCAGCCAAAUAUUAUGGAUAUUUUAAAAGAAAGACACGCAGCUCUGGGACAAAAUAUUGCAUUGCGAGAAAAAGUUAAUACUAUUCGGGUGGAAGGAUCUGCUGCUCUACAAAGACUGGGCCAUGAUGUACCUUUGGCUUUACUAUUGAGUUUAUUUGAGCAAGAAAUAAUGUCCUAUGUUCCAGGUAAUAUUGGAAGAUCACCAAUUGGUAGCCCUCAUGCAUCACCUGGUCUAACGCGAGCCUCUGCUCGUGCACCGGCACCAUACCGUCGUGACUUUGAAGCUAAAUUACGUACAUUUUAUCGCAAACUCGAGAGUAAAGGAUUCGGUCAAGGUCCGGGUAAAUUAAAAUUACAUAUAAGGCGUGAAAAUCUUUUGGAAGAUGCAUUUACAAGAAUAAUGGCUGCGUCAAAAAAAGAUUUGCAGAAAGGAAAACUUGUAGUUAUAUUUGAUCAUGAAGAAGGCUUAGAUUACGGUGGUCCAUCUCGAGAAUUUUUCUUUCAUCUAUCUCGUGAGCUCUUUAAUCCUUAUUACGGACUAUUUGAGUACUCGGCAAAUGACACGUACACCGUUCAAGUAUCACCAAUGUCGGCGUUUGUUGACAACUAUCAUGACUGGUUUAGAUUCUCAGGUAGAGUGUUAGGCUUAGCUUUGGUACACCAGUACCUACUUGAUGCUUUUUUUACUAGGCCAUUUUACAAAGCUCUGCUACGUGUACCGGCAAGUUUAAGCGAUUUAGAAAGUCUGGAUCAAGAAUUUCAUCAGAGCUUAAUGUGGAUUAAAGAACGCGAUAUAAGUAUUGAACCACUUGAGUUAACAUUUUCAGUAACUGAAGAACUUUUGGGACGUGUUGCUGAACGUGAGCUUAAACCAGGUGGACGAAACAUUACGGUGACAGAAAAAAAUAAAAAAGAAUAUCUCGAACGAGUAGUUAGAUGGCGACUAGAACGAGGUGUCUCUGAACAAACUGAGUCACUUGUUCGUGGGUUUUAUGAGGUUGUAGAUCCACGUCUAGUUUCAGUGUUUGACGCUCGUGAACUUGAGCUUGUUAUUGCUGGUGCUGCUGAAAUAGACUUGAAUGACUGGAGAGCUCACACUGAAUAUCGAAGUGGUUAUCACGAUGGUCAUCCUGUGGUCGAGUGGUUUUGGAGUAGUAUCAGUCGAUUUACCAACGAACAACGAUUGAGAUUACUCCAGUUUGUCACUGGCACUUCUAGCAUUCCAUAUGAGGGCUUUGCUGCCCUGCGCGGUUCGACGGGACCAAGAAAAUUUUGUAUAGAAAAAUGGGGGAGACCUAAUAGUUUACCCAGAGCGCAUACAUGCUUUAAUAGAUUGGAUUUACCACCGUAUCCAACGCCCGAAAUUUUAUACGAAAAAUUAUUACUGGCUGUUGAAGAAACAAAUACUUUUGGUAUUGAGUAAAUAAAUAAAAAUAUGUAUUAUUAGAUAAAUUUUAAAACGUCCAUUUUGACAUAUUUAUUUAAUACAUCUAUCCAUCGUCACUUGUCAUAUUAAAUUAUAAAAAUAAUAAUACGUUGUAAUAAAUUUUUAAAAAUCAAAUUAAUAAUAAUUAAAUAUGCGUGAUUAUAAAUUAAAAUUCAAAGACUAAAAUUAAAUUAAAUUAAACGGAUAGAUGUCAAAUUAAAUAAUUAUUGAUGAUAUUAAAAUUAAAUAAUCGCCCACAAUUUCACGGCAACAUUUAAAGUUCACUAGCAUUAUUUAUAAAGGAAAAAAAAUAAAUAAUGAUAAUUUAUUUAAUUAGGUAUUAAGUAAUUGUAUAAAUAACAAAAUUAUAAUUAAUCAUCGUUUAUGCGGGCACAAGCAAUUAAAUUUCGCGGAAAAUCGGUACCGUCGUCGUUCCGUAUCUGAAUUUAAAUUUAAAAAAAAAAACUGUGUCACGUAAGUCAUAAAUUAAGAAAUACUAUAUAAUAAAUAGUACGAAAUAUUGUUACAAAUGCGCAUCAGCCUCAUUAAUUGCUCACUAUUAUAAAUAUAUGCAUCGAUUGUUAUAAUUAAUUGUUUAGUUAAAUGAAAAAUUAAUUUAUUAAGUCAUACAUGUUUACUGCAAAUUGAUUAUCGUUUUUAAAUCAAGUCUGAAUGAUAUUUAAUAGUUCAAUGCGUUCCAAGUAAUUUAUAAUAGUAAAUAUUAUUAGUUAAUAACAAUAAUUAUUUAAAAUUAAUUUAUGAGUCUAUAGAUUUAUUAUUUUGCAAUCUAUUGUUAAAAAUUUAACUCUAAACGCAAAAGCAGUGAUGCAAAUUUUUUUUUCAUCCACUAAUCGAUAGUAUGCAAUCGAAAAAAAAAAUGAACUAUUAGUUCAUUGAAUAUUUAAAUAUUAAUUAUAGAAUCCGGGCGUAUCGUCUGAAUUUUCUUUUAUCAAAUAGGGUAGAAGUAGCAUUUGUGGCCACUGCUCCAUUUUUGGACAUUUAAAAUUUAAUUUUAAUUAAUGAAAAAAUAAAAUUUCCAUUGCGACAGUGUGAUAAAAGUAUCUUUGUACACAUUUUCAAAAUCAAUUGGCAUUGCGUCUCUUAGAAAUUAUUUCUCUAAUUUUUCAAGUGUCUAAAACUGGGCCUAAAGUGCCCAAAAAUGGUACCUCUAUUCUAAUUUUUUUCUACAAUGCAUAAGCAGUAUUUAUGUAGCAAAUGUUUUGCUAUUGCUAUUUAUAUACAUAAAAAUAAAACACGAAAGAUAUUUUUUGUGUUAAUUUUAUAGUCGCACAAACGUGCAGCAGUUAGCGAAAGAAAAAAAAAUUAAUUUUAAUGCUUGACAGCAAUUUAAAUAUUUAAUUUUAAAUAUUAUUCCUGAUCAAAGUGCAAUUGAAAGUAAUUAAUUAACGAUUCAUUUAUUUAUUAUAUUAAACUAAUAGUUAUUAAUUAGUUUUAAACUAGGAGCUAUUACGAAGUCUCUGCACAUUGCAUUCAGUCCUAAUCCUAGUCAUUAAUAUAACUAAUUAAUGGAAAUCUUAACAAAUAAAAACCGCAUAAUUAUUGUAAUAUUUAUUAAUUAUUAUUAAUAACGAGGAUUUAAUAAAUAAAUUAUUUAGAUAGAAACAGUAAGUGAUGUUGGAAUAAUAAAUGAUAGUAUAUAAAAAAUAACGCUGGGUCUUAUUGUUACUUAAAAAUAAAUUACUUAUUUUAUUUGUUGUAUACGUUGCGAAACUAUUGUUUUUAAAAUAUUUAAAUAAACAAUUAUUAAUUACAUUACACACAAAUAUUCAGUGAGAUCAUUUAUAAUUAAUUAAUUAAUUAUACCAAAAUAAUAAUUAAAUAGUCUGAUAAAUAAAAAUGUGUGCCGAGUAAUCAGAGCAUGUUAAAAAAAACUGAUAUCACUUGAAGUACUUGGUAUCAAUUCUAUUUUCAAAAUCGAUGUUGUGAGGCAUCAAAAAAAAAUAAUAAUAAUAAUAAUAAAAUUAUAAAAUGAAAAGGAAACGAAACCGACGAAUAAAAUAGAUUCUCUGAACCGAAACGACAGUUACUUAAUUAUCGAGUGUUCUAAACUCGUC